CGUCAGCCGAAAUAAAUAGCCAAGCAGCAGAAACAUGGUUCAAGUCUCUCGGGGUCAUCUCUAAUCCUUUCCUCCGCUAUCAAUAUGCCCGCCACCCCCAUCCGAACCGCCCUGAUUGGGCUGUCUGCCUCUGCCAUCACCUCCUGGGCAGCUGACGCCCACCUGCCUGCUAUCCAGAGUCCCUCCGGUCAGGCCCUCAUGCAAAUCACUGCCCUCUGCAACAGCAGUGUUGCCGCAGCCGAAACCGCCAUCCGCACCUACCACCUGGGCCCUGCGACCGUUAAAGCCUACGGAAACCCCGACGAUCUGGCUGCCGAUCCCACGGUCGAUCUCGUCAUCUGCACCACCCGCGUCGACAAACACUACCCGACCGUGCUGGCCAGUCUGCGUGCGGGCAAGUCAGUCUAUAUCGAAUGGCCGAUUACUAGCACGGUGGCGGAGGUGGACAAGCUUCUCUCUGUGGCUCGUGCUAGUGGUGCCACCGUUGCCGUCGGCUUACAGGCCCGCUUUGCACCCCCGAUCAUCAAGAUCAAGGAAAUCCUUCGCUCCGGUCGGCUCGGGCGGCUGCUGAGCACUGAGGUGCGCGGGUAUGGAGGCACAGGCGCUCGCGAUGUCUUGCCAACUGGGUUGAAGUACUUUGCCCAGAAGGAGGUGGGCGGGAACCCCAUCACCAUUGGAUUUGGCCACAUGAUUGAUUAUGUCCAAUCCGUCGUGGGGGAUGUCAUUCCCGGUACCGACCAAGUGCACACCCAAAUCCAGCGUCCGGAGGUCCGCAUUCUAGACCCCCAAACGGGGACCUUCGUCGACACGAUACAAACAGAUGUGCCUGAUCUCCUUAGUCUGCAUGGCACCCUCGCAGAAUCCCCUUAUACCGUUCCUGGGGCCAGCUUACUGGCUUGCUUUGCCCGUAGCCAACCCUACCCAGGGGAUCCGUUGCUGUCGUGGACGCUCAACUGUGAAUCCGGCUCCAUUCGGCUGACUGCGCCAGCGGGGAUUUCACUGCAUGGUCCAUCCACCAUCUCCGUCCAUCAUCAUGCCUCGGACACGGUGGAGGAGAUCGAGUGGACUUGGUCGAAGGAGCAAUCGGAAGUGCCAGCGAAGGCGCGGUCGGUGCAGCGUUCCCUUAUCAAUUUUGCCGUGGGGAAUCCGGAAGGCUAUGUUUCACUGGAGGAUGCGGCCGGUCGCGCCAGGCAGAUUGCCCGCUGGUUGAACGCUUGAAGACACUGUAAAUCU